AGUGUAUGGCAGAAGGGCCCCAAGUGUUGAGGUCCCAAGUGUUGAGGUAGAGAGAGAAGAGAACAGAGGAAACAAGAGACUGGAGACUGUUAAAAAUCAGCAUCCAAGUUGGCUCCCAAUUCUAAGGGAAACCAUCUCUCAGAUUCUACAGGGAGACUGUUGAAUCAUGAAACUAAUAACUAUCCUUUUCCUCUGCUCCAGGCUGCUAGCAAGUUUAUCCCAGGAAUCUGUCACUGAGGAAAUUGAUUGUGAUGAUGAGGAUGUAUUUAAGGCUGUGGAUGCUGCUCUGAAGAAUUAUAACACUAGGAUACAAAGCGGCAACCAGUUUGUGUUGUACCGUGUGACUGAGGUCAAUAAGACGGUUGGCUCUGAAACAUUUUAUUCCCUCAAGUAUCAAAUCAAGGAGGGUGAUUGUCCUGUUCAAAGUGGCAAAACCUGGCAGGAUUGUGACUACAAGGGAGCGGAGGAAGCUGCCAGAGGAGAAUGCACAGCAAACGUGGCGAAGAGGGAGAGUACGAAAUUCUCCGUGGCUACCCAGAUCUGCCAGAUUAUUCCAGCUGAGGGCCCUGUGGUGACAGCCCAGUACACCUGCCUGGGCUGUGUGUAUCCCAUAUCAACUGAGAACCCUGACCUGGAGCCCAUUUUGAAACAUGCCAUUCAACAUUUUAACAACAACACGAAGCAUUCCCACCUCUUUGCUCUUGGAGAAGUAAAAAGAGCCCAAAGACAGGUGGUGGCUGGAUGGAACUAUGGAAUUACUUACUCAAUUGUUCAAACUGAUUGUCUCAAAAAGGAUUUUCUACUCUUAACUCCAGACUGCAAGUCCCUUUCUGAUGGUGAUGUGGGUGAAUGUACAGAUAGUGCACAUGUGGAUCCUCAGCUAAGAAUUGCUUCCUUCUCACAGAACUGCAACAUUCAUUCAGGAGAGGAUCUUGUAAAACCACAUCCCAAGAUUUGUCCCGGCUGCCCCUUUGAAAUACCUCUCGACAGCCCUGAGCUGGCAGAAGCACUUACUCAUUCCAUUACAAAGCUUAAUGCAGAAAAUAACGAAACUUUCUACUUCAAGAUUGACACUGUGAAAAGAGCUUCAGCACAGGUGGUGGCUGGGAAGAAAUUUUUUAUUGAGUUCACAGCCAGGGAAACCACAUGCUCCAAGGAAGAUAAUACAGAGUUGACUGAAAGUUGUGAGAUCAAAAAUUCUGGUCAAAGUCUAAGCUGCAAUGCUGAAGUUUAUGUGAGACCUUGGGAGCAAAAAGUUUACCCUACCAUCAACUGUCAAGUGCUAGAAAUGACGUCAUUGAGGAAAAGGCCUCCAGGUUUUUCACCUUUCCGAGCAGUACCAGGAGAAAAAAAAGAAGGAGGAACAAUUGUAAGUCUACCCUCCACUUCCAUGGCACCUGUGCAAGAUGAAGAACAGGAUCCAGAAAAAGAGGAAGGACCCACUCGUGGGCAUGGGUGGGACAGUGAAAAGAAAAUUAAACCUGGGCUUGGCCAUGGUCAUAAACAUGAGCAUAAGCAAGGCCAUGGGCACAAAAGGGGACAUGGGGUUGGCCAUGAUCCUCCAAAGCAAAAUGCCCUUGGCCAUGGUCAACAACAACAGCAUGGCCUUGAUCAUGGAUAUCAACCCAAACUUGACUUUGAUCUUGAACAUGGCCUUGACCAUGGACAUCAAAUAGGACAUGACCUAGCCCAUGGACAUAAACAUAAGCUUAAGCAUGGUCAUGAAAAACAUAAAAACAAAGACAAAAACAAUGGAAAGCUCAAUGACCAGAGACCAGAGCAUUUGGCAAGCUUUCCUGAAGUUAGUACUAUAUCUUCUACACAGACAGAGGAGAAGACGGAAGGGCCAACGCCCAUCCAUUCCCUAACCCAGCCAGGUAUAGCAGUUACCUUUUCUGACUUUCAGGACUCAGAUCUCCUUGAAGCAGUGACACCUCCCAUGCCACCAACUCCCACAGAGAAUUAUGAUGAUUUGAUCCCUGAUAUCCAAAUAAAACCAAAUAGCUUUUUAUUUGAGCUAAUACCUGAUUUUCCGGAAACAAACUCCCCCAAAUGUCCUGGACGUCCCUGGAAGCCAAUUAAUGGAAAUAAUCCAGUCAUGGAAAUGAAAGAAUUUCAUGAUUUUGAUCUCUCUGAUGCUCUUUGAUAAUUUAUGCAGCCAUGGGUAUUUUUUUAACACCUCAUCAUCCCCUCCCUGCAUUGUCCAAAUAUAAAUAUCCUAAUAUGAGGCACCAAAACCCAUAAAGCUUCAAAACAGCCUAGAGAGAAGUAGUGAGCCUCUCAAUGGAGACACCAUMAGUCUCGAAGAAUUGUAUAAAACUGUGUACCAGAGUUUUAAAUCCUUUUUGAGUCUUCCUCACAAGUUUUCUAAAUUGGCAAAGAAAAUGGACCAAUGUGCCUUAUUACCUACUGCCAUUUACUUUUCAUGAAUGCAUACCUCAAAUGUACUUUAUCAAUUUUCAUUCUAAAACUUGCCAUUCUGAGCAAACUGAUACCUGGUCCCUGAGUGUGUAUGAAAAUAAGGAAAGUCUAAGAGACUGAAUGCUGAACUUUUUAAUGGUGUAAAAUUAAGUUAAACUAGACGCAGUAGAUUACAAAUCUGUAAUCCCAGUGGCUUGGGAGGCUGAGACAGGAGGAUCACAAGUUCAAAGCCAGCCUCAGCAACUUA